UCCGAUGGUUCUCCUCGGAUCUCGGUACUGUCUGCAACGAAGGCAGAGAGAGAGAGAGAGAGAGACACCGAGAGCGCGCGCAACCAAACCCCAACCAGAAGGUCUCGACGGACAAACGUCGUUUCCUCCUCGAGUUCCAUGAGAGAUCCUUUGGCAGGAAGUUCAACUGCUCAGCCUACGCAUCGCAAGACUUCUCCAGGAAAACUGGCCGUAAAUUGUGAAAAGAGAGAUAAAACUAACAUCAGAUCUCCUACCACCGUGCAACAAUCUUUAGAGCAUGCAACGCAAGAGAAAAUCGUUCCAAUAGAGCAUGCGAUGCAAGAGAAAAUUGUUCCACUAUCAGGAAACCGAUUCUUCACAUGCAUCUUGUCCACGACUUCGUGUUAUAUGUAUAGAAUGGCCCUUCCGAAGCGCAUCCGUGAGCUUCUGCCGCUCUCCACCGUUCCUGUAGUCCUAUCCUACGGAAGCAGGACGUGGGAGGUCAUAUACUGUGGCGACCAAAGCUUCCAGCGAUUUGGCCAAGGAUGGAAGAACUUUGUGACCGACAACAAUCUGAAGGAAGGAGAUGGAUGCGUCUUCGAAUUGAUGGACACCGAGAACAUCCAGUUCAAAGUGCAAAUCUUGCGUGGCGAUCUUCCAGCUUUCCGUGCCGGUGGUGGAGAUGGCCAGAGCUCUGAUGAAGUUAUCGUAAUUGACUAGAUACUUGCUCAAGCAAUGUUCUUUCUACAUGUAGGAACAUGUUUGCAGCUUGCA